UAAACAUGGGAAAAUAAACCUGUUAGAGCCAUCCAUUACGACUGGAUUAUUUAGAACAGUGCGUUCUCUCAGUUACUGCUGAUGCACCAAGGUUUCUUUAAAAUGCACAGUUUUUGGUUCUUUGUACUGAUCGGUUCGUCCCUGUUCGUGUGGGCGGUUAUGUGUGAUGGAGACAUUUCAGAAGAUGGCGAGCGAUCAGCAAACGCGAGUCAGAGCGCAGAACUUGAUAACGAAAUUCCGGUGCGGAAGAAAUCGCCAACCGAUGUGCUGUCCGGAAAGCGCGGCUCAGCAAAUGUCCCAGCUUUCAGCAGCAGGACAAUCUCCAGUCCGAAUGGAGUGAUCGACCUGUCAGUCCCAAUGUUUGCGGUUCAAUAUGGCAGCUUCCAGAUCCAAGCCUUCAAUACGACCAAUCCAGUAUCCGAUGCGUCGGCGAUAUAUUACGCACCGGCAGCCACUCUGUUGCCGGAUGCCGCUGCCGUGUCGCUGAAUGCUGAAGCCGAUAAAAACUGUUUGUUCAUUUCAUUGAAACUCUGGGAUAAACCCUACCACGACGCUGUCCGGAAUUAUGUCUCUUACUACAUUAAUUCGAACCCUAUAAUUACUUCAGCGAUUUUUCCACUCCCAUUUAAAUGGAUGCUGGUGGGGUACUCAAAUAACGGAUUCACCCGAACGAUGAAAAAUACCGCUUGGCAGUCCAUCGCCAACAUGCCACCGUCGAUCUCCAUGUGUAUUCGCUGUUCGACAUCGGCAGCAUGCAACGAUGCCUUAGCCACGCUUCAGUAUGACAGCGCAAAGUUUGCAUCGCGGGUGUUUGUGUCCUUUAAAUCUGAGGAACCGGUUUCUCGAAGGGUUCCGUUGUGUAUUGACCCGCAACAUCUUCCUCGAAAUGCGUUUAUCAGUGCUCUUUCGAAAAACGCUAGCGGACGAAAUUACAUGUUCAUGAAAACCAGUGAUUAUGCCAAUUUCACCAAAACUCUCCUGGCCGCAGCCGUUGAGAAAAUGGUUGAUGAAGGGGAGUUCGUCGACGACGACGAAAUUGAUCGAUUAGCCAGCGAGAUGUCGGCCUUUUUCCCGUAUAAUGUCACCACAAUCAGAAACCUCACUCCGGAGAUGUGGGCAGCAACGUACUGGAAGAACGAGCGACCCGAUAUCAAAGCACGUCGACUGGACAGUAUUCUGGGAAGCUAUCGUCCCUGGGUGAGACAGCAGGUGGAUUCCGGCUACAUCGGUUAUGAAACCACUCUUGUCAGUGAUCCUGUACCUUAUUCCGCGGAGGUAAUACACGCUUAUCAUGAGAUGAUGAAUUCUAUGGAAAUGUUUUGGAACGACAAUAAUCAGCUCGUACUGGACAAAUUGCCAAUAUAUCGUGUCAACUUAGACGUCUUCCGUCAAAAGGCGCCCGUGUGCAAAGGAUCCGUCCACAUCUCGAGUAGCACUGCUGAUUAUACAGUGCCUGCAAAUGUCGGCGGCGGCGUCUCGGACGAUAAAACACAAUUUGUCACGAAAAAAGAAGAUGUCAAAGGAAUGACUGUCUCGCAAGCGACCGUUCAGUGGCAGUGUCGCGAUGCAUCCAGUUUAUACGCGUUGUCCAACCAAAGCAUCACCGUCACUUUGCUGGACGCCAACGACGAUCCGUUCUCUCAGGUCACCGUGACAACCACCACUUUUACCGGCGAAUUCGCCUUAAUGUUACCACGAACCAGUGACUACAGCAUUGUGUUCGAGAUCAACCAAUACAGAACAGUCACACUGCGCAACUUCUCCGACAAUUUCGGUUUACCAGGAGAUGUGGUGUUCAUGGAACCGCUGCUUUUUAUACCAACUUCUCUGGGGAAGGGUUCUGGCCGAACAGGAGGAACCGUGCAUCUGGUCAGUGGCAAUCAUACUGUGACGAAAGCAGGAAUCCAAGUCGAACUGCGCGAAGGACGCUACAAUUUGACCGGACCCGUGGCUGCCACCGCUUUCACCGCGGAAAAUGGGACGUGGUUGGCGGAACUGCCAAGCGGUCACUUCACUGCCACAAUCAGCACACCCGACGCAGAUUACACUGCACCGCCAUUCAGUGCGGUGGUUGUACCGGGAACUGAUACCUGGCAUGAUAUGGCCAUGGCCCAACCGUUGGAUAACGGCGAAAUCCGGAUUAUCUUACGGGCAACCGGUUUCGAUCUGUACGACCUCAAGUUAUUGGUCUCUGGACCGUUAGAAAACAGGGAUGGUCGUGCAAUUGUGCAAGCGAGUGCGAACGUUAGCGCUGACGGCUUGAUAAUGUACGACAACGUGGAUACGAUGUUUGGCAGUGUUCUUAUCAAGAAGCAGUUGCCGGGCGCCUAUCGCAUUCAAGUGUACGAAAACAACUACCGUCCGUACAAGGCAGAUUCAAACUGGAAUCUAUGUAACUCGCAGAGCUGGGUGCAGAUUUACCGCGGCAAGCGGUUGUGGGCGCAGUACUAUGUACCGAUCAAGGAUGGAAAUGUGUGGAUUGUGGCGGAAAUCAGCGACUUCCGUCUCAAUGUCAUAAACGAUGUCAAGUACGACACCUGAUCAUGAUCGGAUCAUACCAGCAUGCUAUCAAUUUAUCGCUGCUUAUGGUUUAGCAUAAAAAACGUUUAGCAUAAGAAAUCUUUUGAAUCAGUUCUUGUGAAUUGGUAACAAGCCAGCAACAAUGUCAGGUGACCUCAAGUAAUGUGGUCUGUAGAUUACUAUCAAAUUCGUGUUGUUCUUUUGCGAUUUUGAUUCGAUGGCUACAGUAGUAACUGAAAUAAACCGCCUGAU